CAAGUGAAUAUACUAGUACAUAUGUAUUAGAAAAAUGGAAAAUCUAUGUCGACACAGCGACUUACUAAUUGGUCACGUGACUACGAAAUUCAAUAUGUUUACACUGCUGGUCAAUUAGGGUAGCUAAUCUAACAGCUAACAGCUCGACGCUAAUUCAAACAAACUGAUGACCGCCAGACGUGUUUAUACGGCCUCUCAUUCGUCUCUCAAACGUCGCAAUUUCGUUCAUCCGGUUCCUUGCUUAUUUGGAGUUUCUUGCGCUUGUUGACGAACGGUUGAUAGGCGAGUCUGCUUAUUUUUUUCCACCCAAACACGGUCGCGACCGCAUGCGCACGUGCACCUGUGGGAAACCUUCGACGUCGAACUUGCCAGCCUACGUAGGCGUUGUCUCCGGGCGAGCUGACUGUGUAGCGAGCGCCUCACCCGAUCCCCUAUGAUCCUUGAUAUCAAGACCCGGCACACAACACUCAGUCACCUACACCCAGUCCGAUAUGGAAAGACGUCGGCACCACUCGUCACUCAGCUCCGCCGAAUCCCGCUCAGUCAGCCAUCAGUCUCCUUCAUCUCGCUCGCCUGUCCACAACGGCGACGUCUCCGCGCCCAAUAGCCGCACGCCAAGCACUCACAGUUUCAGUCCGUACGGCAAUGAGUCGGUAAGCUUGCCGUCGUGCCUUCGAAACUCGAUGGCGAGCUCUCAGGCGUCGAGCACGUCGAAUGUCGGCAUAGGCGAGCGGACGUUGAAACGUUUAAGCGUCACGGCGUCGACUCUCGCUCUCCGGAGCGACGAGGACCGCGCGAGAGAGGCGCGGCGACGUUCGUCGGCUCUCGCCUGGGACCGGCUUUUGGACGACGAGCUCGACGGCGUGCCGUGGCGUAGGAGACACCUGGUGCGCUUAUUUGCACGUUGUAUGGACGAGGAGGGCGGCGUUUUUUAUGAUGUGUUAGAGCUAGUGCCGCAGGACGUCCUAGACCGCGUCAGCAGUUUGUUGAGAAGGCCACUAGUGCGGCUAGGAGUCGAGGCGCAACGUUUGGCCUCUCGUUUCCAACGCUGCACUAAACAUGAGGUGCUAACAGCUAUGCGUUUAGUCCUGCCGACGUCGUUAUCUGAAGGAGCAGCUAGUCUUGCUGCUAAGGCCUACUCCCUCUAUGGUGUAUCCAUGCAGAGAUACAGCUUCUCAAAGAGUGCGAGAUGUGAUGUCAGUCUUCCGAUUGGUCGCUUUCAUCGAUGGAUGCUCGAGCAAGAGAUUGCGCCCGUCGUCUCCGAUUGUGCGUCGGUGCACUUGUGUGCUGCCAUGGAGCAUCUCGUCGAAGUGACCUUCAAUCGGUGUGUGCGUGAGUGCGUGGAGGACGGCGAGAGAACUACCCGUGAGGGUCUCGAACAGAGAAUCAGCAGUGAUGCCGAUCUCUGGGCGUUGCUGCAGCCUCAUGCUUACUUGGUGCCGUGCCGAUCCGGUCGAACAUCCAAUUUCCUCUCUGUGUCGAGCUCGAAUUCAUGGGAGUCACCUCAACUGACUGCUAAAUCGGAUAUUACGACGUCCUCGCCUCCUCGAUCGGAUUCGUCAAGGAAUCCGUCUGGGAUGUCGAGAGAGCCUGAUGGAGCGAGUGCAGGGUCAGAGCUUGUGCGCUCGACCAGAGCCGGAAGUCGUCGGAGCUCAAGGGCGUCCCAUCGGCGCCUGGAUGCACAACCACUGGUCGUCACGACGGUUAGGUCAAGAAUCGAGUUGGCGUCGUUGGUCAGUCGUGCUCUGUAUUAUAUACAACAGGGUGCGCAUACGAGUCAGCAUGUCGUGCUCUCGCCUACAUCAAUUGAUGUUUUGUAUUACUACAUGUCAAGUGUGAGAUCAAAACAGCAUGGGAAUGCUGCCGUCCCUCAUGCUACCAGGUCAUCUCCGUUCACUGUGGACGUGAGGGCGCCGGCUUCACUUCCGGCUCUGGGUGAAUGGUUGAGGAUAGCGUUGGUGAUGGUGGAGCAUCGGAAUAUGACGGUUGUAGACGAGGACGAUAUUAGGCAGACGGCGAGGUUGUUGCUACCAGGUGUAGACUGUCCAGCAAGAUCAUUGAGGUUGGAUGAGGCAUUGUGUUCGGCGAGGCAGCUAGACGCCGAGCACUGUGCCAUUCAGUUUCAGCAGGAUCUUGGAUUUCACAUGCUCUUGAGUGGACGGACCGACUUGGUUAGAGAGGCGAUUCCGUUGCUGGGAAAACGCGGUGUGAACUCAUUUAAUAUGCAGGGUCUCUCUCCUCUCAUGUAUGCUGCUGCUAAUGGAGACGAAGCAUUGAUCCAACUUCUUUUACAAGCAAAAGCAAACCCCAAUCUUGCUGUUGCUUCUGGAGGACAAAAAGGAUGGACGGCCGUGACGUUUGCUGUGUUGCAUGGUCACGUACCCGUGUUGAAGAUAUUACUGGAAGGGAAGGCAAACCCGGAAGGUUCGUAUCUCCACAAUCACGAGAACACGACCGACACGCCCCUGCAAUUGGCAUCGUCAGCCGGUCGACUUGAGAUUGUUGGUCUAUUGCUUGCGUUUGGUGCUGAUCCGUUCGUCACGACUCUUCAUAACAAUAUGACAACGACGGCGGCCAAUAGUCAAGGGUGGCAGGGCAGCUGCAACUCGUUUGCUCGUGCCGCUUCUGAUGGCCACAGAAAAGUGUUGAAGAAACUAUUGGCUCAACCACCGCCGUCGACGAGGUCAUGUGACAUGUUGUCUCUGGAAGACAUCUUAGCAGAGGGUUACGUUCAUACUCAAGACAAAGGGCACAGUUUGUCACGAGCCAAAGCGUUACAGGAAGCAAUGUACAUGAGUUCAGAACACGGAUACGUCGACAUCUCAAUGGAGUUACGAAGCCUUGGUAUUCCCUGGAAUCUUCACUGUUGGACAGAAACCGUUGUGGCAGCCGAUCGAGCACGAAAACUGGAUUUGAUUGUCAUGCUGCUGAGAGACUUUGCAUCGUUGAGUCACGAAGAGCUGACGGAGGGAUUUUGCAGAGACGGAUUGCCGAUGUUAUUCUCACUUUUCAGGAAAUACAAUGAUGAUACAUUGUAUCGACAACUUUCUGUAAUGCUCUCAAACUGCUACGGCGACUUGCCACCUCCAAGGCCACAAGAGCUACCGUAUGAGAUGAAUGAUAAUAGAGCGUCGUCUCCAAGAAUAGGUCCGGAGUUUGUCAACAACCCGGAGAUGUCUGAUGUCACGUUUGUGGUCGAAGGGCAGUUAUUCUAUGCCCAUAGAAUCAUUCUCGUUACAGCAUCAAGCAAAUUCAAGGCGAUGCUGUCAGCGAAGUUUCCAGAUGGUUCCAAACCUCGUAUAGAAAUACCAAACAUGAAAUAUGACAUUUUCAAAGUUGUUAUACAAUACAUCUACGAAGGAUCACACAACGAACUGGAACUGACGCCUUCAAACGUUAUGGAAGUGAUUCAAGCUGCAAAUUUCUUUCUACUCGACGGCUUGCAGAGACACUGUGAGGUUUAUAUUAUGGAUUUGAUCAACGUGCAGAACGCUUUGGAACUGUACAGACAUGGAUGGCUGUUUGGCGCCGAAGCUAUGCUCGCCGCUUGCGAGGGUUUCUUCCUGGCCAACAUGCCCGCAAUGAUGGAAGUACCGAAAUUCCGAAAACUCUUCACCUCAGAAGGCGGACAAGACCUGAUCCACGAGCUACGAAUUCAAUUGAGUGAACGAAUCAUGUCACGUCUACAGCAUCCUGGAUCUCCCAUCCGUGGAGACAGUAUGUAACGUGUUUGAUAUUACCAUGUGUGUGUGUGUGUGUGUAUAUAAGACUAUUGAUAUGUUUCUUGGAAGAA